AUGGAUUAAAGUGAGGAUAUAGCCAAAAUUGGUGAAAAUUGGGUUUAGUUUUUUAUUGAGAUAACUACAUCAAAUGGUAAAUCAAAAAACCUCUUUUAUAGCAAUAACGAUUUUAUUCCAGAUCACAAUUCAUAUUCACCUUAAUUAUUUCAAUAAUAAGUUCUUUAUAUUUUAAGAGUAUAUGCGAAGAUUCAAUUAAAUAAGCUACGGAAUAGUGUGAUGAUGGUAUGAAUUAGAAUUAAUUAUAAAAUAGAUAAUUAUGAUGGUUGCUCAAUUUUUUAGUGGAUUUAAUAUGAAAAAUGUGACAAUGAUUCUUAAAUAAUCAAACAUCAUUUUUCAGUCUGUUACUAAGGAAAUUUUUGAAAUGAAAUGA